GCCGCGCCCGGCAUGCCGAGAGCCCACCCUCUGCCCGAAGCCCACCCAUGCCCGACGGCGAGCUGCCCGUGGGCACCUGCCCGGACAUGUGCCCGGCCGCCGAGCGCGCCCGGCGCGAGAAGGAGCGGCGCCUGCACCGCUUCGAGGUGACGCCGGGCGGCCGCGGGGACCCGCCCCGCGCCGACCCGCAGCGCGCGGUGAAGGAGUACAGCCGGCCGGCCGCGGGCCAGCGCCGACCGCCGCCGAGCCAGCUGCGCCCGCCGGCCGUGCUGCUGGCCACCGUGCGCUACCUGGCUGGCGACGUGGCCGAGCGCGCCGACGCGUCCCGCGCCGAGGUGGCCAGCUUCGUGGCCGACCGGCUGCGCGCCGUGCGCUUGGACCUGGCCCUGCAGCGCGCGGGCGACGCCGAGAAGGCGCUGGUGCUGGAGGCGGCGCUGGCCGUGCUGCUGGCCGUGGUGGCGCGGCUCGGGCCCGACGCGGCGGGCGGGCCCGCGGACCCGGUGCUGCUGCAGGCCCAGGUGCAGGAGGGCUUCGGUUCGCUUCGGCGCUGCUACGCGCAGAGCGCCGGGCCGCACCCCCGCCAGGCCGCUUUCCAGAGCCUCUUUUUGCUCUAUAACCUGGGCUCCAUGGAAGCCCUUCACGAAGUUCUGCAGCUGCCUGCCGCCCUGCGUUCCUGCUCAGCCCUGCGCGUGGCCCUGGCCGUGGACGCUGCCUUCCGAGAAGGCAAUGCUGCACGCCUGUUCCGUCUGCUCCGGGCGCUGCCCUACCUGCAGAGCUGCGCAGUGCAGUGCCAUGUGGGCCGUGCCCGGCGAGGAGCCCUGGCCCGCCUGGCUCGUGCCCUGAGCACUCCCAAGGGCCAAGCCUUGCCUCUGGACUUUGUGGUGCACCUGCUGGCCCUGGAUGGGUUGGAGGAGGCCCGGGACCUGUGCCAGGCCCACGGGCUGCCCUUGGAUGGAGAGGAGAGAGUGGUGUUCCAGAGGGGUCUCUACAGUGAGAGGGAACUGCUGCCCGCUGGGGCCUGCACGCUGUUGGUAGGGAGCAAGCUUGGAGGGCGCACCCUGGAGGAGGUGGUCAUGGCAGAGGAAGAAGAUGUGAGUGUGGACAAACCCAAGUCCCAUCAUGAGGAGGGGCUGUGUGACCUCCCGGAGCCCCAGUACUGAAGCAGAAAGCUCGUGUUUCUUUUUUCAUGAUUCCCAGAUAAUAAAAGAAACUUGUUUUGCAGGAACAAC